GUGGUGUCUCACCAGUUUUGCAUUUGUUUUCAGGAUUCUGGAAAACAUGAUGAUAGAAUGAUGAGCAGUCUGUCAAAAGGAAAGAAAUUCAAAUGUCAGAUGCCUCAGCCAUGCCUAGAAAGUUAUAAUGCUUUUGUCUUCACAAGAGGCACAAAGAAAAGGCCACGAGUCUCAUCACAACCUGUUGAGAGAUGCAAUGAAGCUAGCAGAAAGAUGAGAGCAAUUGAGAAAGAUGGACGGAGUGAGCGAAUAUUUGGAGUUCAUUCCUCCCAGUCAUUGGAAAAGGUAGAUGCUGUUGCUUCCCCACGAACAGUUCUGGGUGAGAAAUGCUUGUAUGCUUCCUUAAACAACAAAAUGACUGGGUUUUCUAAAUUGGAUUCAUGGAGGGGAUUGCCAAAUAUUGAUGUUAAGUAUUGUCCUGUAACAAGUUCAGAACCCAGUGAUGCUGAGAGUACCUCAUCCUCUGUUGGUAGUUGUAGUACCAGCAAUAGUCCAUAUAGAUCACCACACUGUCCUGGUCCUCCUGGAAUGGGUCUUACUCAAGAUUUGUCUAGUCGUUCAGAUGAUGCUGAAAGUUGUUGUGGGUCGGGAAGAGAAUCAUCUCUUCCCACUAAAGAGGUAUUAGCAGCAGAAAUUCAUCAGUUGGAGUUGCAUGCUUACUGUUCCACUAUGAGGGCAUUCUAUGCUUCUGGGCCCAUUAGCUGGGAUCAGGAGGCAUUGAUGACAGAUCUGCGUCUUAUGCUAAACAUAUCAAAUGAUGAACACUUGUCAGAACCUCUUAGUUAACCAGAAGCCAUAAUUAGGUCUUGGCAGAAUACUUUUUUACUCCAGCAUCAGGUUUAGUUGUUAUAUUUUUUCAUUGCAUUGUAAUGUAGGGAUCAAAUUAUAGCUGCAUCUUGGGCAGUGAACUCAUGUAUCAGCUGCUAAGACAGUGAACUACUAUGACCAAAACAAAUUGUAUUAUAAGCUUCUAUAGAGCAAUGAAUUAUCUACCUUGAAGCCUUUUUUAAUC